CCGCUGCCCUCGAUGGCUUCGGGCCUAAGCGGAGCGAGAUCUGAAGUAGAUCGCGAUGCGAUGAUUACAGACGUUCAGAACUUUGAAAUUUGAAUCGAAUUUGGGAUGGUUUGGGGUCUUUCUCCCGAGAGCUCGAUGAGACGGGCCUGCUGAGCGGAGAAUAUGAAUGUCCUGCGACUGAUCGACGGCUCGCGCUGUCGCACGGAGGGAGGCGGAGGUUCAGACGUGAUUCCCUGGAUGACGCGGGCAAGGUCGCGGGGGGCGCACCCGAAGCUGGCAGCGCCACAAUUGAGCGAGCGAGGAAGAAGAAGAAGAAGGGAAUAAAAGGGAAAACCGAGGCACGAGAGAGAGAACGAUCGCUCGAUGAAACGUGCUGUUCGGUCGGAUCGACUCACCUCUUUGCUGCCGCUGGUGCUGGUGGUAAAGAGGACUGGGUGUCGUCUCAUCGACUCGAGAUCAGCAGGACUCGACUGCUCAUCGAUGCAGCGGCGGUGGCGGCGCCAUCAGCCUCAUCGUCCUCAUGCCCAAACGAUGCGGAUCUGUAGAAAGGAUCUGAGCUCGAUUCUGGAUCUGACUCCAAAUUCGGCCGCCCUAUUGAAGUAGACCACUAUUUGUCGAAAAAGCAACCUCUUCUUCGGUUUCCUUUGCAAGUCUUCUAGAAUCGAUCGACUUCGUCGUCUUCGUGCAUCGUCCGUCUGCGUUGCGUGAGACAAAACCUCCCGUCGAGCUUUCGAGUCCAACCGAUGGUCCGAGCGCACAUUCAACAUUCCGACGGAUCUCCCAUGGAUUUCAAUUCGCUGUUUCUUUGGCGAUCGAAGGCUUUUCGUUUCUCGAUCAAAAGUGGAUGAUUUCGUUUCUUAUGAAUUUUUUGGCGUUUGAGAUUAUUUCUGUGAGGAAUCGUCCUUCCAUAUGCUCAGCGGUAGACCAAGUAGUGCUUGCAUGUGUGCCAGGGAGCUGCAAUGUUUCUUCUUAAACAUAUUCGACGGAUGAAUCUCUAGGAACAAAAUCCAAAAGAUUCAGAUUAGUCUGCAACAAUUUACAAGUGGUUGUCUUACUAAAAGAUCUACCG